UUUUGCUGUGGUACACAUAUUUUGCUGCCAUAGACUCACAAUGCCUAUGAUAUGUCAAUAUUAUGCUGCACCUUGACGUAUUUCUUUUCAAAAACAAGAGAACAUACCCACCUGCUAAGCAAGCUCUUACAACCAUCUAACCCAUCACAUGGUUUUGCUUCCCAUGUGUCCUUGUAUUGUGGGAGCCCCAUGAAAGAGACUUUUGCCUAGCCUUGUGUAUAUAGUCAGCCCCCUUCCUUUGCCUUCUAUCAUAGCAAAAUUAGCAUCCAGUACUCCAAAAUCUAAAGCUUUCUCCUCACUUUUAUAGAUAAAUAACACAAUGAUCAGUCCCAAGAAGCUCCUCAAAUUGGCAAGAAAAUGGCAGAAGAUGGCUGCUCUCAGGCGUAAAAGAAUCAUAUUGCCACAAACCAUUGGAAGCACAGAUAAAAGCAGUUGUAGCACAUCAGCAAAGGCUGAAAUAGGCCAUUUUGCUGUGUACUCAGCAGAUCAAGAACGCUUUUUGCUUCCCUUGGAAUAUCUCAACAAUGAAAUUCUCAGAGAGUUAUUCAAGAUGGCAGAAGAAGAGUUCGGAUUAAUGACCAUGAAGCGUCUCACAUUACCAUGUGAUGCAGAGCUUAUGGAGUAUGCAAUUACUUUGAUCAAACAGAACGUUUCUAGAGACAUAGAGAGAGCAUUCUUAAUGUCCAUAGUUAGCAGUUGUUAUUCAUCACCUUUCCAUCUCCAACAUCAAGAAACAGUCCAUCAACUACCAAUUUGCAGUUUCUGAAUAGUAAAAAUUAGAUUUGUAAAAAUGCAUAUACAAGUGUAUAUCAUUAUAUUUAUCAAGACUAUCAAAAAAUUUGUUCCUAUCUA